CUUUCAACCGGAGGAAAUCGCAAAUCGCAGUCCUCUAUUGUUUUUCUUUCACUUGCCGUGGAAAUCCGUCGCGAAAAAUCAACAUGGUUCCUGUGCAUAACGUGAAAAAAGUGUGAAUGUGUUUGAUGUGACCAAUUUGGAUUACCAGAGUCGUUGUCACCUUGUGUUUAGAACGCAGCAAGUAUACUGUCAGGCGUGGAAAGGGACCGUCUGCGUGAGCGGGAACGGCAGGCGCGUGCCCAAAUGUCAUCGCAGGUGGCCGCACAAGAGCAUGAGGUUGUCGGAGGGCCGUCGCCUGGCGGAAACUAUCUCUUCCAAGAACCGAUUAGGUUUACUGAUCACGGAUCUGAUGAUACAAUUUUACAAGCCUCGUUGAAAGUUGAGAAGCAUAUCGAGAAUAUAAAAGUGUGUAAAGAAAUCAACAAACAAAAAUAUGUUAUUUUUUCGAAAAUCAUAACUGUAUGCUUAAUUACAUAG